ACAUGUUCAUGAUUAAGAUACACUAAGGCCAGUCAUGAGUUACACUGUGUAUCUACCUAAACAGAUUGCUGAAAACCGUGAGAUGCUAACAGAAACAAGCAUAAUUCCCUCGCAAUCUCUUUUGUACCAAUUAUAGGCUGCGAUCUUUAAUGAUAGCAGCCGAGGAUGGAAGACUCCUUGGAAAUGGAGGGAGACGGUCGACAAGACAGAAGUAGCAGAUCACACCUGUUCAAAUCCUUGAGAGUUGGAGCUGCAUGCGGUGACGAAUCCUUUAUAAGUCAGGGGAUUGGACGGAAAACAGACACCGGCUCUCCUGGUCCUUACCUCCGUCUCCACCCAUUUUAUAAUUUCUUUACUUCAUCCGCCCCUCAAUACCUUGUAGCUCUGUUCAUGGCUCUGUUCAUAUUUCUUUCUGUCUAAUUCAUUUUACUGUCAACUUAUUCUCAUUUGAUCCUUUGUUUCCUCUGACCACUUUUGCUUAAUUUACCCAUCAAUCACAGGAUAGUUGAUAGCUGUGUCUCCUCCUUUUUAAUAUAUUGUUUUUACACUUCCAAAUCUGCUCUUUUCUUUCGACUAAACCAUCCUCCCAUCUUUUCAUCUAUUAAUUUGCUCCAGUUAUAAUAAGCCUCCCCCUCACCCCUUGUCUUCGUCGGGUCUGGCCAGUUGAGAUCAUCAUGUGGUCCAACUUCUUCGUACAGCCCGAUGAUGAUGGUCGUAUCGGGGUGGCAGGGGCUGUACAAGGUGGGGGUUUAGCUGGAAUCAAAGGUGGAAGGGGACAGGGAAGGAGGGUCCACAAGAUGAGUGACAGCCAGGAAGGAAAGAUCAAGCUGGCUUUCUUUGUGGCUAUCAUUGGCGGGACCCUUACCGUGUUGGGCAUGGGGACAGAGUUCUGGGUGGAGCUGGCACAACCAAAGAAUUUCAGUGGCAACCAGACCUGCCAGAUGGCAUAUUAUGGCCUGUGGAAGGGCUGCAUCCGCACCCUAUAUGUUGCUGACAUAGACCCUGACAGGGAGAGCUGCGGCCCUGCUGAACUAAAUGGAGUAACCAACUGCACCUACUUUAAAUUCUUCACCUCCGGGGACAAUGCAGUCAUAUUCAAGAAGACGACUAACAAAAAACUGAAUCUAGCAGCAGCUAUCUUGGCCCUUUUGAGCCUGACUAUGAUGGCAAUGGGCUCCAUCUGUAUCGGAAUGUCCCUCAGCAAAGGAGUGCCCUUCUUUCUCAAGCCAGCCUCCUUCUGUUUCAUCCUAUCAGGUGUGCUGGUCCUCCUGUCUGUCCUGAUAUUCCACCAGUCUGUGCUGGCCUUGCUGUCCAGUGAUCACUCCAUACCUUUACACCAUGAGCUGUCCUGGUCUGUGGCCUGCGUUGGCUCAGCAGGAGGAAUUCUUAUUUUUGGAGGUUUUCUCUUCAUCCUUCUCUCCCUUCCUUUUAGCCCCUGGCAGAAAUGCUUUCCACACAAGAAUAGCGCCACCUAGCACUUGAAUGAUAAUAAAAGGUGCACUCAGUAUUCUUGAUGUCUUGUUUGAGAGGAAGUGGAAACAUCUAUUUUCUGAAGGUGGUGACUCCAGGCUUAUUCUCGGCAUUUAAUUUGUCAGAGAAGUCAUACAAGGUCUUAAUCAAAAUGUUUGUAGAGAAUUCAGCGACACAUUAGAAAGUCCUCCAGAAUUAGAUUUUUGUUUUAGUGUUUUUUUUUUUUUUGUGGAAAUAGAUGAACACAGCAACAGGAAUUCUGUUGAGUGUUUACAUUUUAGUCUACUUUAUAAGUGUCACAAAAAUACUUGUUAUCCCGUCUGAAGUUAUACAUCCACAUAAAAUUAGUCUUUCUGUAAGCAUAAGUAUAUAAUUAAAACCAUUUUAAAAGCUCAAACACUUUUAAAAAACUUUACAGUGAAUUAUGAAAGCCCAUUUCUGUAAAGGGAAAACAAUUGGUCCAAAUUAAGCGACAAAAUGUGUCUUCUCCAUUUCCUCUGGAAUAAAAACUAAGAUAAGAAUCUGUUUUCGAUGUGACAACGUUAUAGCUAAGAUUUAAUUAGGUAUUAAAUUAUGGAUUGGAUUAAAAUGAUUAAAAUGAGUAUUUUCUCUACACAGUUUUUGUAUAUAUAUUCAGGUGAUAAAGAGCUUCCAUUGUUUUGAAUUCAUAAUUUAAGAAUCUUUAGCUUUUUUUCAACUUAGUAACAAAUACUGUAUGGUUUCUUGUCAUAUCUACUAAAUUAUAAAUAAUCAAAUCGUAAAUAUCCUAACAAUAAGUGCUUUGAAGCUUUUUUACACUUCUUGUUAAAGAAGAGGCUUCAUGUCAUUAUUUAUUACUUAUGUGUGUUUUCCAAAAAUUGGUGAAAGCUGCUUCAGUAUGAAUGUUUGCUGAAUGAAAGCAACUGUAAGAAGUGAUUAAAAUACCAUUUUGUAUAUCAGAGAAAUGUAAGGACUCACUUUAUAAGCUCAACUUUGUACAUAAACUGAAUGAAUGUGUUUAUAUUGUAUGAAUGUUCUCUGUUUGCAAUGUUGUCUCCAGUCACUUUAUUUGUAAUAUAUAUGCAAUAAGUACACUGUCAUAGGAUUUCUACUCAUAUAAAUGUACAUUAUGUGGCGCCAGUUUUGCUUAUCAUUA